AUGCUAUUGCGUCGUUCGCUGUUCAUCCUCGACGUCUGUGUCCUUCUCGCCGUCGUCCUCUUCUUGGUUUUUCUUCCAGCUGAAAGAUGCGUAAAAAUGGAAGUCGCUGCGAACAAAGAAUCCGCGGAUUGCAGUCUUCAUCCAGUCCACUAUCCGGAUUUUAGUCUUUUGAAAUCUUCUCAAAAACCGAAUGGAACUCAUUUGAAAGCGGCGAAGCAUCACGUGACAGUAUGCCAUCGUUUGAAAUGGGAUCAUUACUCGUUUUGGGAUAAUAUGUACCUGAUCCUCCUCCCAGCGAUCACCUGUUUCCUUCUGAUUCUCUAUACGCUCUGUGAGAUUUGUGAAUUCGAUAUGUUUGUGGGAACGGUUCAAAGUACGGGAUUGGUGAUUUUGUCGCUGUUUAGUGUGAUCUAUACUAUUGCAGUCAUCACUCACGAGAAGAGCCGUAUUCAAACCGAUUGGCCCCUCCUUACCCAUGCUCAACUCUUCGGAGCAACUGCCAAAAAUACUUCAGUUGAUGUUCCAAAGACGUGGGAAUACAGUAUCGCAAUGUGUCUCCUCUCUGCACUUUUCAAAAUUGGACGCAUUCUUAUUCAACAUUUUAUUGGGGAUCAAAAGAUGUCCCUAGACGAGGACAUCGAGUUUUCUCUCGACAAACACCAUCCAGCAAAGAAUUUUGGAAAUUUCGAAAGUGCUGAAGUGGCUGGAACAACUCGAAUGCUCAAUGAGUCUAGAUACUCGAAAAUUGAAAAUAUUGACUGA